UUAUCAGACGUGAUAAGUGGCAAAUGUAAGGGAUCUGACUUGUGGAAUUGUGGAUAUCUAUUCUUUAGAGCCAUCUUUUAUUAGAAAUUUAAAACUUAACUAAAUUAAGACCAAAAGUAUGAUGUCAAAUUAACAUAGUAUUUUUAAAUAACAAUUUUUAUACAAGAAUAAAAAUAUUAUGUCAAAAAAAAAUCGAAAACUCUUUUCUACAAGAUCUCAAAAAUAUAAAAAGAGCAUAGAAGAAUGUACAAAUAUCAUAGCCACUUCUCCGUUUUGGAUACACUUUUCAGAAACUAUUAAAGUAGAAUUAAAUGGAUCUAAUCCAUCAUCAAUCCUGUGUUAUGGAUUAGGAAAUUUUUUUGAGAGCAUACAAUCUAAAUACCAGUUAGGUUUACUUUUAACAAUUAAAAAUGAAUUUAAAGUGAAAAAUUGUUAUGUUUAUGAUCCCAAAUUCACGGAUGCUGAACGUUCCCAUUUAGCUGAGAUGGGAUGUGUUUCACUCUGUGAAAAUGAAGAAGGAAAGCGGAGUUUGUUACCCGGUACGUUUGUGUACAUGCCUCAUUGCCCGAAACAGCUACUAAAUAAUUUAUUAUGGGCAAAUUGGAACAAGGAGAUACUAACAAGUUGUUUAAUUGUUUGCAAUAGCAUUGAUCAAACAGUGACCUCAACUUUAGACCGAAUAUUAGAUAAGUAUGCUUACUAUGUAAAAAAAAUAUCUCCACACGUCAUAGAAAAAAAAUGUUGUGAUGAUUUUAUUUAUGAUGAUGUAUUCAACGAUAUGGCACUUCAUAUAUUUCCUGAUGAAAAAUUAAAAGAACUAGAAAAUAAUUUUUGGGAACAUGGUAAAGAACCAUUAUAUGAUACUGAUGAGCUAGAAUUUAUAACAAAAUUUGAGUGUAUGUCUUUCCAAUCUUAAUAUAGAAUUAUGAUAAGUUAAAAUAACAAUUUGGCUGUAUUUUUAUAGUUCAUUAUAAAUUAUUAUUUUUUUGUAUACAUAUUUUGCUAAUAUUGGGUACUUCCCACUUGAUGGUAUAUUUCUGACUCACAUUUUUUUCUUCUGAUUGUAUACCAAUUAUAUGACUACAAAUUCAACUUCAACACUAAUAUUCAGUGAAUAGUUGAGAGCUGUGUCCUAUGAGUAUAAUAAAUAAAAUUUACUUAAGUUCUUAAAGAAAAUAAUUCAAAAAUUAGGAAAUAGACUUCAUCCCAAUUUAUUCACACUAAAAUAUAAAAAUCAAAUA